ACAAUUUCGUAAUUGCAUUUUAUUUACAAUCGUCAGUUUUACAUUUUCCCAUACCUAAAACGAAGAAAUCGCAGAAUGUCUGAAAUUGAACUAUUUAUUAUAAAUUAUCUUUCACGCAUAAAAGUUGCUGCAUUUAGUGAUUGCAUUAUUGAAUAUGUUUUCACCCUACUAAAUUUCCAUUCAUUCUGAAAAGAUUGAGAAACGCUAGUAUUCAGUUCACGAAUACUUUUUUUCAUGUCAGUUUACCGAUGUACCGGAAAAUAAAUAAAUGAACGAACUGCGUGUAUUUAAAACUUCCCGACUGAUCUUUCAGCGUUCCGCGAACGAAGAACUCGCGUUGGAGCGACGGAAGCAACCGGAACAGAUUUAAUUCCCCCCCGAUUAGAUUGAUCACUUAGUUCUGCCUAUAACAAGAAUUCAGCCGGUCGCGAGCGAAGACGAAAUCCUCGUUAACAGCGGCGUGCACGAACAAUGAGUCCGCCAGCAUCCUCGUUUCUCGGUGAUUGCACAUAAAGCUGCCAUUAUUAGAACUUCAGUGGGCGGCUGCUGCUUUUUCCAGCCUAGCGCGAUCUUACGCACAAUUCGCUGGUACAUUCGCGUGCCUUUCGCCCAUGUGGCUGCCAGUUGCACAGUUGUCGCGUCCUCCUCGCGUUAAUUGAACCUCCAGUGUACAAAUUAGAGAAGAGGCGAUAGUGAUUGUUGUCGGGGCUUUUAUUCGCCGUGGAAUCGCGGUUCGCGUCAUUGUCGGCUGCUGAAUUGCGCGAGUGACGUUGCUUGGUCAACGAACGUGAGAUUCACGCAUCGGAACAGCUCGGGAAGAUGUCGAAAAAUUCUGUGCGAAGCGCGCGUGAUCACGGAAUCAUUCAUUUAGAACAACGUUCUGCGGAUCUUUCGUUCGUUACUGAUUGAAGUCGGCACGGAAAUCCUUCAGCGACGAUCGACCGAAGUUGAAACGAUGAAUCUUGAAUCGCGAACGAAGAAAUUGUACUGAAAUUCCACGAGUUUCAUCAUGAAACGGUCCAAGCUUCCCGGUGUUCUUCUGACCACGUGGCUGCUUGGCACGAUUGCAACGAAAUCGAGAGAGUUCCUGCAGAGUCUGCAAGAAUACGAGAUCGUUUAUCCGCGGAUCAUCGUGAACGAGAGUCCUCGUGGCCGAAGAUCGGCCGUGGAUCAGCCACACGAUGACGGGUCGGUGAUCAUCGAGAUCAGCAAUUGGACUUUGAGAACGGUCGCCAGUGACAGAGUGAUACUCGAUUCGAACUUCAAAGUGGAUUGGGUUUACGCGACAAGGACCGAAUCCGAGAUUUAUGGGGGACAAUCCGGCUGUCAGCUUCGACAAGGCAGUCUGAACGGAGGCAACCGCUCUUUAGUGGUUGUCACAUUGUGCGAACAGGAGGUGUACGCGAUUAUGGUAACGGACAGGGCAUCCUUCUUCGUUGAACCGUUGGCUGAUGGGAAACACGUGAUGUAUGAAUCGCCGAAAGUCGGAUGGUGGUCGUCCAAGGAAGACGCAGACCUUGUGUCCCUGAGACCUCGGAAAUUGUCAGGGUACCAGAAUGAAGGCGGAAAAUUAAAUCGAAAGAGGCGAGAUUCGGCGGAUCACUACACUCCAGAAUUCUAUAAUUUGUCAGGCGAUGUGUUUGACGUGGAUUAUCCAGAAGCUGAGAAAUUAGUUUUAUACGAUGAGAAAGAGGAGGUGACGACAGAAUAUAAUGACACAAUAAUAGAAGUCGACGAAAACUCGGAAGAUAUCAGUUACUUUGGCGGUCCAUCGUGGCAGAGGAACAGAAUACCGAGAAGGAAAAUGAUCAUCAGGGAUUCGUCGACUCGUUGGCUAGAACUUGGAAUAGCUGCUGAUUAUUCCAUAAUAGACUUUCACGGAGAACGAACGCAGCAAUAUAUUUUGGCACUUUUAAACAUUGUCAGUGCUAUCUAUAUGGAUCCAUCGCUUGAAUCAAAUAUGAUACUAGUAAUUGUGCGAAUGAUUUUGUACGCAGAAAAGAGGGACAGUUUGGUUCGUCGAGGUGACUCCAGACGUUCUCUCGAAAAUGUUAAUAAAUGGAAUAAGAAAAUGUUAACAUCGGCGACCGUGCAUCAUGACGUUGCAAUAUGGCUGACGCGCUUAGACAUCGGUGGCCCCUCUGGCUAUGCACCUGUUUCUGGAGUAUGCAACCCUGCACGGUCCUGUGCCCUAAAUAGAGACGAAGGUUUGACCAGUGCCUUCAUCAUUGCUCACGAAAUGGCGCAUAUUCUAGGAUUAAGCCACGAUGGCGACGAGUCGACUGGAAACACUUGCAGCGAAGAAGGUUUGCGGGGAAGUGUGAUGGCGCCUAUGGUAGCUGCAACAUUCCAUCAGUUUUAUUGGUCCGCCUGUUCGAAAAAGGAAUUCCAUCGAAGGGUUAGACGGUGGUCCUGUUUAUUAAACAAACCAACAUAUGGCAGUUCCACUCCUUUGAAGGCUUCCAUUCGCGAAACUUUUACGAUGGACGAGCAAUGCCGAGUGGAAUUCGGUGAAGGUUAUGAACUUUGCAAAAGUUUCGAUGUUGUGGAGCCAUGUUCGCAUUUAUGGUGCGGUAAUAGGAAUAUUUCCGAAACCUGUAAGACCAAGAAAGGACCGCCGUUAGAAGGCACACUGUGCGGUGCUUCGAAGUGGUGUAUAAACGGUCGAUGUCAAUCGUCGAAAAGGCGGACUUUUGACUUUGGAAUGACAUUGAACAAACCUCGAGAUGGUGGCUGGAGUCCAUGGAAAACGUGGGAAAAAUGCUCGAGGACCUGUGGAAUUGGAGUGCAAUGCCGAACACGAAAAUGUAACAAACCGCUGCCAGCCUACGGCGGAAAAUACUGUUCAGGUCCAAGCGAAAACUGCAAACUCUGCGAUCUACCAAAAUGUUCCACGCCGGUCGACCUCAGAGCCCAACAGUGUUCCAAACUUGACACUAUCGUGCACCACGAGAAAAUUCGGUUGAACAACUUUAAUACUUGGCUGCCUUACGAAUCUGACAAAGAGAACUUGAAGUGCCAAUUGAUUUGCAGAAGUAAAGAGACAGGGGAGCUGUUUUUUGUGAGAGAAAACGUGAUUGACGGUACACCUUGCGCUUAUGGAUCCACAGACAUUUGCAUACAGGGCGAGUGCCAUAAGCUCGGAUGCGACAGUGUCUUUGGAUCGACGAAAUCGAUGGACCUGUGUGGCGUAUGCGACGGAGACAAUUCCACCUGCGAGAAUGUCAUCAGCAAAUUUCAGCGAAGGCUUCGUCGAGAUGUGACCCGAAUCGCUAUUAUACCGCGAGAAGCUCACAAUUUGUUCGUGAAUAUCACGCUAUUAGACGGUUCGUAUUUCGAUGAGGAAAACUUGACUAUUGUGGUGGGCGAUGGACGGAGAAGGCGGAACGUGCUGGAAAAUUUAACUUCCCGCAAGCGGGAUUUAACGAUUCUGCAAGGCGCUGCGUAUCGAAUUCGAAAGCACGACAAUAACACCUACUUCGUCACGGCGCAUGGUGCUGCUUUCGAAGACGUCGUGAUUUUAAUUGUGGUGUCAGAGAGCAUCAUAGAGCAAGGAAUCUCUGUGGCAGUCUCCCUGCAAUAUUUUUUAAAUCGAGACGACAGGAACGCGAAGGACAGAUACGUUUGGCUAUUCGGCGGUUGGAGCUUUUGUUCGGCAAGCUGUGGCGGUGGAACACGUCAGAAGAUGAUAGUCUGCAAGGAUGAUGAAACUGGUAGAAUAGUGUCACGAAGGAAAUGUCCAUUGACCACGAAACCGAGUCAAGAGAUAGAGAAAUGCAAUACUUUCAGUUGCAGCUUCAAGUGGCUACCAGGACCAUGGGAGGACUGUUCACACGUUUGCGGCAGUUUCGGUGUCCAACUGCGCCAACUGUACUGCGUUCAUUCCGAUUUCAAUGGCACCGAGGUAACCAAGGAUAACGAGCUGGAGGUUUACCAAACGAUGGUGCAACCGUCCAUUUGUGGUCCCACGCCGAUAAAGACUCGGGAAUGUAACAGAAUUCCGUGUCCAGGGCGAUGGAUUUUCACGGACUGGUCCUCGUGCUCGAAGAGCAACAGGAAAGGUAUACAAUCGCGAAUAGCCAGGUGCGUUGCUCCGGAGAACGAAACGCUCUACAGCUGCGACGGAGAUAAGGUGAAGACAGAAGUGCGCGUCUGCACCGCCCACGCGACCAAAGCCAUCCAGCUUCCAGUUCGAUGCUGGAGAGACAAGAAUCGAUUUUGUUCCAUACCGAGCUUGAAACGCUACUGCAACGUCCCGGCGUUCAGGAGGAAGUGCUGCAGGACUUGCGAAACCAACGGCCAUAGGCUGGAUCCGCUAGAAGACACUGAUCAAGACUAGUUCGGACGUAUUUUCUAUAGAAUGUCUAUCAUCGAUGCGAACAUGUUGCUACCGAUUUUAGAUUUAAGUUCACUGGGCCACGGUUUCAGUACUCUUUGUAUUUAGAUCGUAUUUAUUUAAAUAAACGAAGUCAAUGAUGCA